GGAAGUGAAACUUCCUGUAUGCAAAUCAGACUGUUGGAGAGAAGUGAAGCUCCUGUUUGGCCAGACUUUUUUUUUUUUUAAUCUUUAAGAACGACAAGCAUAGAGAACGAAAAUCCACUCACAGAGUUGCAACAGAAAUGACAACAUGAGUGAGGUGACGUACGCCGUGGUCAACAAGCCCAAACCGCACCCACCACAUGAAAACAGAACACUUCACAGCUCCCAUCACUAUGACAACGACCCACCAACGACAACAGCGCCGUUGUACAGCGUGGUCGGAGCUCCGGAGGGCGCUGUGAGUUUGAAUCCCGCUGCCAACCGCAAAGCGGGAUUAGUGGUUAGCGCCGGUGUGGAGCGGGUGUCAGGCACACUCAACGAUUACGAAGACUUGUCCACCUCGGUGACUGAUAUGAACGACACGAGUGUGCGCGACGGCCUCGGUCAGUGGAUAUUCUUCCUGUUUUUCGAGCUAGCUAGGGAAGAUGUGACAAGUGAGCGAGGAAAUGGGUGAUCGGUGACUGAGAAAAUAGACGAAAAGUGAGUGUGGAAUGAGGUGAUAAGUGAAGGGUGGAAAGAACAUAAGGGAGGGCAAAGUGUACAAGGACAGAAGAACAAAAUGAAAAUAAAGAGGUGACAAGUAAACAAGCAAAGAGCUGAGGAAAACAAGGAAAGGGGUGACUGACAAAUGAGCAAGGAAUGCAAUUUAGCGAAAGAAAGAAUUAACGUGAUGACGUGUGAAUAAGGAAAGAGCAUAA